AUGGCGACGAAACUUACGAUUGAAGACGGUCUUCUCCAGGAAGAAUUCAACAAAUUUGAUAAGGAUAAGACAGGCAGAAUAUCUGCGAUUAACUUUCGACAAGUUAUAGUUCACGAUGCUCAUCUUAAAGUUUUUCAUCCGUCAACAAUCGAUACCUACAUUGCUACAUUGAGUCAUCAAACAGGAUGGAUUGACUUUGAACAAUUUAAAGAAUUUAUGACGCUGGAUACAUCCAAAUUCAAGACUUCUCUGAUUACUAUUGAACUGAAACAAGCAUUCGAUGAAGUUGAUACCAAUAAGGAUGGGUUCAUAUCUCCACAAGAAGCACGUCUUGGUAUUACUUUUGCUGGUCAACGCAUACCAGGAUCGCAUUUCAGCGGCAUAGUUCACAUGUUUGAUGAUAAUGGUGAUGGGAAAAUGUCGUUUGAAGAAUUUUCGACUAAUGUUAUGAAAUUAUCUCAUGAAUAA